AUGGAGCUGCGGCCUCGUCUCGGGGCCACCUGUUUGCUGGGCUUCAGUUUCCUGCUCCUCGUCACCUCUUCUGGUGGACCUAAUGGGCUUGGAAAGGGUUUUGGAGAUCACAUUCAUUGGAGGACCCUAGAAGAUGGGAAGAAGGAAGCAGCUGCCAGUGGAUUGCCCCUGAUGGUGAUUAUCCAUAAGUCCUGGUGUGGAGCUUGCAAAGCUUUAAAGCCCAAAUUUGCAGAAUCUACAGAAAUUUCAGAACUUUCCCAUAAUUUUGUUAUGGUAAAUCUUGAGGAUGAAGAGGAGCCCAAAGAUGAAGAUUUCAGCCCCGAUGGGGGUUAUAUUCCACGAAUCCUGUUCCUGGAUCCCAGUGGCAAAGUACGUCCUGAAAUCAUCAACGAGAAUGGAAACCCCAGCUACAAGUAUUUCUACAUCAGUGCUGAGCAAGUUGUUCAAGGGAUGAAGGAAGCUCAGGAAAGGCUGACGGGUGAUGCCUUCAGAGAGAAACAUCUGGAAGAUGAGUUGUAA